GACGCCACAGCCACUCGGCUUCUCCCCCCGGAGCUGGGCUGGAGAGCCGAAGGGGGCCAUAUGACAUGCGUACCGGACCCCUGGACACCCACAGAGCAGAAGCCUCAGGUCAGAGCCUUGAGCAUGGCGAGCAGCGAGCACCCUGGGAGCCCCAGAUGGACGGGACGCAUAGCCCAGAGCUGGCCGGGGGCCAGGCAGGAAGCGACAGACAGUGGCCCAGCCCUCCCACCUCCAGCACCUGAUGGGGACUCAGACGCCGACGGCGGCCCGAACCCCAACUCCAGCAUGACCACGCGGGAGCUGCAGGAGCACUGGAGGAACGAGAAGGGCUGCUGGAAGCCCGUCAAGCUGCUCUUCGAGGUCGCCUCCGCCCGCAUCGAGGAGAGAAAGGUCUGCAAGUUUGUGGUGUACCAAAUCGUCGUCAUCCAGACGGGGAGCUUCGACAGCAACAAAGCCAUCCUGGAGCGGCGCUAUUCAGACUUCCAGGCGCUGCAGAAAAACCUCCUCAAGACGUUCAGGGAGGAGAUCGAAGACGUCCCCUUCCCCAAGAAGCACCUGGUGGGCAACUUCAAGCAGGAGAUGAUCUUGGAGCGCAAGCUGGCCUUCAAGGAGUACCUGAGCCUGCUCUACUCCAUCCGCUGCGUGCGCAGGUCCCGCGAGUUCAUCGACUUCCUGACGCGGCCCGAGCUGAAGGAGGCCUUUGGCUGCCUGCGGGCCGGGCAGUACACCAAGGCCUUGGACAUCCUGGUGCACAUGGUGCCCCUGCAGCAGAAGCUGACGGGCCACUGCCCCCUGGCCCUGGUGCCGGCGCUCUGCGCCAUGCUGGUGUGCCACCGGGAGCUCGAGCGGCCCCUGGAGGCCUUCGCGGCCGGCGAGCAGGCCCUGGAGCGCCUGCAGGCGCGGGAGGGGCACCGCUACUAUGCCCCGCUGCUGGACGCCAUGAUGCGCCUGGCCUACGCGCUGGGCAAGGACUUCCUGUCACUGCAGGAGAGGCUGGAGGCCAGCCAGCUGCGGAGGCCCACCACCCGCGGCUUCACCCUGAAGGAACUGGCUGUGCGGGAGUACCUGUGAUGCGCGGCUUUGGCAAGGCCAGCUUCAGA